UUUACGCUAAGUGUGAGUUCAGGUCAGGUCACCACGCAUGUGCUCUCCGUCCGCGGGACAGCACGUUGUCGCGCACCGGUUUCAGGACUUUAAAUCUUCGCCAUGUCUUCUAACGCCGUUCCUAGCGUGAUUUACCCCUACAUCUACGGGUUCCUCAAGGACCACAAGUUUGAUAAGGCGGCACAAUGGUUCCAGAAGCAGACGGGAAUGAAACUUCAGGCCCCAGAUGAAGAGCAGCCCACAGUUGAGGAUUGGUUUGAAAUGUGGCAGAAGUCACCUGACAGUGCUAAGAAGAGAAAAAGGACAGGCACACCCCAGGCCAAACCUGCCGUCAAACGACAGAAGAAGGACUCCUCCUCUAGCAGCAGUAGUUCAGAUGACGAAGAUAAACCAGCACAGGCCAAAACACCGACCCAAGCAGCAAAACCUCCCGUUAAGAAACAACAGAGCAGUUCAGGCUCUGAUUCUGAUGAUGAAAGCUCAGACAGCGAAGCAGAAUCUAAAAAAGCCACCCCUGCUAAAAAGAAAACGACACCCACCAAGAAAAAGGCCACCCCAAAACAGAAGAAGUCCACUCCUGCAAAAGUAACUCCAACAAAGAAAAAAGCUACUCCAACAAAAAAGCCAGUAGCAAAGAAAGAGAGCUCUUCGGAGUCUGAUAGCAGUUCAGAUGAAGAGGAAAAACCACAAGCCAAGCCAACUCCUACUCCAAAAAAGGAGACAGGAGUCAAGAGAAAAAAGGAAAGUUCUUCAGAGAGUAGUUCCUCUUCAGAAAGUGAGGAAGAACCUGCAAAGCCUGCUCAGUCCAAACCUAGCCCCAAACCACCAGCCAAGAAACAAGCUACACAAGAAAGCUCAGACAGCUCAGAUUCAGACUCAAGCUCUGACGACGAAACUGCAAAAAAGCCUGUACCAGCUGCAAAGACAGCGGUCAAAAGACCAGCGCCUAAGGAAGAGAGUUCAUCUGAAGAUUCUGACUCACCAUCUGAGGAAGAAGAAACCUCCAAGACUACAAAACCACCAUCUGCUAAAAAGGUUGCAGCACAAGUCCAAAAGAAGGAAAGUUCCUCUAGUGACUCAAGCUCAGAAAGCGAAGAAGAAAAGACGCCUGGAAAAGUUGUUCAGAAGACAACAGCAUCCAAGCAGAAGGAGUCGUCAUCAAGCUCUGAAGAAAGUAGCUCAGAAAGUGAAAGUGAAGAAGAGUCCAAAGUCAAGGCGGUAACAGACAAGGCAGCAGGAGCAAAAACUGUCCCAAAGAAAAAAGAUGAUAGCUCAAGCUCCUCUGAAUCAGAGAGUGAAGAAGACGACAAGGCACCAGCAAAAACACCAGCUAAAGCAACGGUGAACAAAAAGAAGGAAUCCAGCUCAGAAGAAUCCAGCUCAGAGGAAUCCAGCUCAGAAGAUGAAUCUACCAAAAAAGUAGGGAAACCAGCAGUCACAAAGCCAGCUGCCACGCCUGCCCCGAAGAAAACUGCAGCAAAGAAAGAUGACUCAAGCUCAUCUGUGGAAAGUUCAGAAGAUGAAGAUGAAGCACCAGCAAAGACCACUCCUCAAGUUCAAAAGCCUCCUGCCAAGAAGGAAGAGUCCAGUUCUUCAGAAGAAAGUUCUGAUGACAGUAGUUCAGAGGAAGAAACCAAGCCUGCUUCGACUAAAACUUCAGCAACAAAUACACCCACAAAAGCAACAGUCAACAAAACACCGACAAAGCCUAAAACUCCUGUAAAAAAGGAUGAAUCAAGUUCAGAGGAGUCGAGUGACUCAGAUGAGGAGCAGAAAAAGCCUGCAGAAAAAGCAGCACCAAAGGUGAAUGGAGUCGCAAAGAAAGCCAAAGCAGACAGUUCUUCAGACUCGGACAGCUCCGACAGUUCUGAGGAAGAGGAGGCUCCCAAACCCAAGACACCUGCACCUGCGGAGAAAAAGCCUACAGCCAAUGGCAAGAAAGCUGAGAGCAGUUCAUCAGAAGACAGCAGCAGUUCAGAGGAGGAAGAGGAGAAGAAGACUCCAGCCAAGACCUCCCAAUCCAAGACUCCCACGACUACUCCUUCCAACCAACAGGCAGACAAGAAGACCCCAAAUACAGUACCGCAGACAAAGAAGCAACAAGAAAAGAAGAACACACCUUUCAGGAGGGUACGCGAAGAAGAGGUGGAAAUUGACCCACGUCUGCAGAACAACGCCUUUGAGUCUAAGGGAGGCGAUGCGUGGGGUGCCAAAGCUAACAAGGACCUGAAGUUCACCAAGGGAAAAUCCUUCAGGCACGAGAAGACAAAAAAGAAGCGAGGCUCGUACCGUGGAGGCCCUAUAGACAUGGGUGUGAACUCCAUCAAGUUUGACUCUGAGUAAAUGCAAUGUAUGAUACCUCUCUUAGAAUGUACAAGAAUUUAUGUUGGUGUUCUUUUCACCUAAUCAUUUUACUGUAAGCUUUAAUGAAUUAGAGCAUGUUUUGUAGAAAGUUAUCUUUUUCUUUGGACAAUGGAUCUUUUAAUGAUCGACUGAGGAUCAACUUGUUAUUGUAGGUUGUACUGUUGAAACCAAAACUAAUACAUCUAUGAUAUGUUACGGUAACAUGUGUUGUUAAACUAUCCUGUGAUUAAAUAGUAAUGUCUUGAAAUGGGAUUUAUUUUGAACAUGCUCUUACUACUAGUAAAUUGAACACCUUUAGUGUAUUAACAAUGACAGCAUUUCAUAGAUUUGGACAUUACAUGAUGAUUCUCACAUGGUUUAGAUGAUAGAGAAGAUGGUUUCAUGUUUGACUUGAAAAUUUUCUCUGAAUGAGCAGAAAGGUACGAGCUUGUAGAAUUUAGUAAAAUUGUAUCAGUGCCAAUUUGAAAGUGCUGGAAAUUUUGAAUGCAUGAACUGAUAGAAGAUUGCUAAGGAAAACCAUCUUUUUUUUAUUCUUGUAGCGAAAGGAAAGAUAAGUUAAAGGGGGCUCCUUUAAUUUCUUAACACCAUUUGUCCAGCCCUUUCUAUUGUACUCAAACUAGUGUCCUCAUUCAUUGCAAUUAGUCACCACCAUUUCUUUUUAUUGGGCGAAGGGGGUCAAAUUACACAGUUAGAAUGUGUAUGCAUCAAUUUCAAAAAUCAUGUUAGUGUGAUAUGCUAUGAUGCGACUAGGAAACCGUUGUAUAAAACUAAUUGGAUUAUGCCUUA